GUUCACUCUGCAUGAGAAGAAUCGAAUUCUGGCUGCCAGUGCUGCGACAAACAAACAACACCACACAAUCAAUGUCUGCGAUCCCACCAAAAGAUCCACCAUUAUGGCCCCGGAACCACCCCCCGCUGAACACGCUCCCACAGCUGAUCAAUCUGCCUUCAACCACCCCGCCUUGCAGGGCCCCAGGACUCCUCGCUCUGCGCCUGGAUCCAACAGACGGCACUCUCUACCCCUCCACUUCCUCCCUCCAAGCCUUUGGAGUGCCAACGCAUCUACGGCCAGUCUGAUUGAGACUGAAGCAGCGGCACGCGGCGAGCAUAUCCUCGAUGAGACGGCUGUUGCCAGUCGAAUCUCUGCUCUACGACAGCUUAACGGUGCGACUCGUUCACGUCACCGCUACGCAAAGUCAACGGGUGCAAGUAACAGUACGUUCAAUCGGCCGGUGAUUGUACGAACCUAUUCGGGCCCGGCGAGACCACGGCGGGAUCUGGUGACGGUCAAGAAAGGGAAUGGGUCGCCCGCCAUGAAGUCUGCACAGGCGGAAUUGAAGCUGCCGCCCGUGGAGGCUUUUACUUUCAAGGGCAUAAUGGAUGAGAUAAGACAUGGUGUUGCCGAGGACUUGGAGAGGAUUGCUGAGAUCUGUGCGAGGAGCAAAUACAGUUUGAGCAAUCAGUACGAGGUCCACAUGCCUCCCCAUGGACGCGGGGAGGCGAUUUUGGUUGGGCCGGGGACAAGCGCAGGAGGACCGACUUUGCAGGCCGUCGGUUCCGAUGAAGAGCAGCCGCGGUAUGUCAGGAGAGGUGCUGCGAGGCGAACGAAGUCUGCAGCGUAUGGCACUCUCGAAACCAUCAUGUCGUCCUCCAGAUCUUCGGAAGAAGACAAGUCUAAGAAGGAAUCCGCAGCCGUGUUGGCUGAAGAGGUGCGAGGAAGGGCAGCGAAGAUAGGGCUAGAUAUGAAUAAGGACGAUACUGGUGAUGUCGGAGAGGCUGUCGGAUCUGGACUGACGCAACAAAGGCAGAUAAAACACGUUCGUUCCAAGUCAGCUACCUUCGCAUCUAUGAUUAUAGGUAAUGCGCAAGACUUUAUGAGCGAUACCACAUCGAAUCUUAUAUCGCCAACAUUGCUCAUCAGCGAACCUGCAAGACCUCAAACAUCAACAGCAGAACUUGACAGCGUGCCCGCCUUUGACCACCCUUUCCAGGAUACAUCGCCGACUCUGCAGCCUUCGAUGUUAUCUAAUCAAUCCCCAAAUCGAAAUAAAUCAAGAGCUUCUGCUUUGAGGCCCGAGAUUGAUACAGGCUUAUCGAUCCUGGGAAGCUUUAGUUCUUGGUUUCCCUGGGGUAGAACCAGUGAACGACCUGAUAGCUUGGACGGCAGAAGACCUGGCAUCUCACACGCCGAAGGGAGUCUGAGAGACUUAUUGAAGUCCGCAAGUUCAGACCGCAAAGGCAAAGGCGUCGACCGCCAUGGCUAGAAUACUCGUGAGAUCGUCAAAUUUUCGUCAGAAGCUGUCCCAACGAGGACCGAGACUCUGGCAAUUCACAGGAUCGCUUCAAUGAUCUAACUUUGUCUCAUCGUCUAUCAGGAUUUGCCUAUUAUCCAAGCAGAGUUCAGCAAUUGAAACAUACGACUAUGGUCAGUCCAACUUGGGUAGAACUUCUUAGUCAAGGGGCCACACAUGGAUUAUGAGCUGAACUUCAGACUGACUCUCCGAGCCUUGGAACUUCUUCGAGCUCCACUAUCCUUCAGC